GUGCAGAAAUUGACCUGUCUGAGUCUAUACAAACCCUCUUGCACACAAGUUCCACACAGACCUCAAGCAACAUCUCGCCCCAGCAUUUCCUUAAACCCUACACUCAUACACAGAGUGGAGAGGAUGCAGACUGCAAACCAUGACCUGAACAAACAGUGGCAGCAGCAGGCCCGGGCAUUGAGUAGAGAAGUUCGAGGAGAGGGCCUGAAUCUAGGGAAAAAGGUCAGCACUCCAAAGGAUGUAAUGAUUGAAGAGCUCAACCUGGCAUCUAACAGAGGCUCCCGGAUGUUUCAAGAGAGGCAAAAAAGAGUGGACAAAUUCACAGUAGAGAACACAGCAGAUGCACCUGCCUUUAUAUAUGAUGGCCUGGAUCAGAGGCAGUCCCCGAGCCAGGUCCAUUUAGCAUCACAAGCUCAAGGAGGAAAGGAGAACCUGGCAUACCCCGUAGCCGGUAAACAUAGACUGGUUACCAGUCUGAUGGAAACUGUCUCCAAGAAAGGCAGCCCCAGUGUACUUGCUCCAGGCUACUCUGGCCCUUUGAAAGAAAUUCCUCGUGAAAAAUUCAACAUUACAGUAAUUCCCAGAUCUUACUGUUCACCAUGGAGAGAGGCAUUGUGGGGCAACGAAGAGUUACUGUCCUCCAUGAACCCGCAGCUCCCUCAACCAGAGAAACUUCAGCCUGCAAACUACAGAUGCUUCAACAGAGCUGCAGUACCAUUUGGGGGUCCAAAUGCACAGAGGGUUAUUUCUACUGUCAACUUUGAAGCAAUGGAGCCCCAGAAUUUGCCUGGAUCCACCGUGGAGACGUUGAUCAAACGGCCCAACUUUAACAGAGCACCUCGUGGCUGGGCCGGUGGUUACUUACCUGAGUCAAAUGAACUCUAAGCUCAUGAGGGAUCAAAGCCCUGUCUACAGUUUAGCUAUUGCUGAAAGCUUGUUGGACUCACUUUUCUGGUGUUUUUUUAUCAUUAACAAAGCCUGUGGGAUUGCUGCAGAAGGCAGAAUAUCAGAUUUCAGUCAUACAGUCAUGGAACCCUGUUGGUACUAGAAAAAUGUUGCGGCUGAAUAUUUGUAGUAGGUAUUAACUGUGGCAUAAAAGCUUAAGAUGAAUGCACUGUUACAU